AUGAUUGAAAAGUGUCACGAGUAUUAUCGUGGAAACAGAAAAGAAGUGGAAACCAUCCAAGAAUUCAACGACACCUACCAAAGAGCUGAGGCUAUUCAAUGGUAUACACGACAGUCGUUUGUUUAUAAACUCAUCAACAAAGCUCUACGCACAGAAGACAUCGAACAACUGCACAUAUUUCGCUUUUUCAUUGCCGAUCUGUGCUCAAGUCUUGCACAAGAGUAUAAGAAGAUGAGAGAACGCGAGAAAGGUGUACUUCAAGUCUAUCGUGGUGUGAAGCUGUCGAAUGAAGAAGUUGUAAAGUUGGAAGAGAAUAAAGGUAACCUCAUUUCGACAAAUGGUUUUCUGUCCACAAGUCGUUUGCCCUCAGUGGCUUUGAAUUUCGCAUCUCAAUCGACGAAGCGUCGAGACGCUGUUGUUGUUCUCUUUGAGAUUGAGUAUGAUUUGAGUCAGUUCAGCGAUGAUGCUAUUGUGUGUGCUGACAUAGCUGAGUUCAGCGACUAUCCAGAAGAGCAAGAAGUCCUGUUUGAUCUAGGAGCAACAUUCAAAAUUCAGUUAGUUGACCGUGAAAAGCCGGAUGUCUGUCGUGUAAAUCUGAGAGUGACAAGCGAAGGAGCAGAUAUAGCACGAGAAUAUAUCAAGUUGAAUAGAAAAGAGCUAGAAGAAACAAGCAUUGCCAUCAUGUUCGGUUCACUUCUGUGUGACAUGGGACACUAUGACAAAUCAAUGAAGUACUUCGAGAAUCUAUUUGAAAAUCCUGAAGGAGAAAUUCUAAGUGACAUUGAGUUUAACAUUGGUCGUGCUCACGACUUCAGAGGCGAAUACGACAAAGCACUGCAUCUAUACGAGCAUAGCUAUGAAACCACGAUGAUGUGCAAGCCACUCCGCGAGAAAGCAUUAGCUACAACACUCAAUAGUAUUGGCCAUAUUUAUGACAGCAAAGGCGAAUAUGAUCGUGCUUUGGACUAUUAUUUAAAAUGUCUGAAGAUAAGAGAAAAAUGUUUGCCAUCUGAUCAUCCAGCUAUUGCUAAUAGUCUUCUUAGUAUUGGCCAGGUUUAUGACAGGAAAGGCGAGUAUGAUCGUGCUUUGGACUAUUAUUUAAAAUGUCUGAAGAUUCAAGAAAAAUGUUUCCCAUCUGAUCAUCCACAUAUUGCUAGUAGUUUCUUUGCUAUUGGCAAUAUAUAUAACAGCAAAGGCGAGUAUGAUCGUGCGUUGGACUAUUAUUUAAAAUGUCGGAAGACCGAAGAAAAAUGUUUGCCAUCUGAUCAUCCAGAUAUUGCUAGUAGUUUCUUUGCUAUUGGCAAUAUUUAUAACAGUAAAGGCGAGUAUGAUCGUGCUUUGGACUAUUAUUCAAAAUGUCUCAAGAUUCAAGAAAAAUGUUUGCCAUCUGAUCAUCCAGAUAUUGCUAGUAGUUUGAUUAGUUUCGGCAAUGUUUAUAACAGUAAAGGCGAGUAUGAUCGUGCUUUGGACUAUUACUCAAAAAGUCUGAAGAUUCAAGAAAAAUGUUUGCCAUCUGAUCAUCCAGAUAUUGCUAGUAGUUUCUUUGCUAUUGGCAAUAUUUAUAACAGCAAAGGCGAGUAUGAUCGUGCUUUGGACUAUUAUUCAAAAUGUCUCAAGAUUCAAGAAAAAUGUUUCCCAUCUGAUCAUCCACAUAUUGCUAGUAGUCUGAUUAGUAUUGGCAAUGUUUAUAACAGCAAAGGCGAGUAUGAUCGUGCUUUGGACUAUUAUUCAAAAUGUCUGAAGAUGAGAGAAAAAUGUUUGCCAUCUGAUCAUCCAGAUAUUGCUAGUAGUUUCUUUGCUAUUGGCAAUAUUUAUAACAGCAAAGGCGAGUAUGAUCGUGCUUUGGACUAUUAUUUAAAAUGUCUGAAGAUGAGAGAAAAAUGUUUGCCAUCUGAUCAUCCACGUAUUGCUAGUAGUCUGAUUAGUAUUGGCAAUGUUUAUAACAGCAAAGGCGAGUAUGAUCGUGCUUUGGACUAUUAUUCAAAAUGUCUGAAGAUGAGAGAAAAAUGUUUGCCAUCUGGUCAUCCAGAUAUUGCUAGUAGCCUGAAUAAGAUUGGCCUGGUUUAUGGCAGGAAAGGCGAGUAUGAUUGUGCUUUGGACUAUUACUCAAAAUGUCUCAAGAUGCAAGAAAAAUGUUUGCCAUCUGAUCAUCCAGAUAUUGCUAGUAGUCUGAAUAAUGUUGGCCUGGUUUAUGACAGGAAAGGGGAGUAUAAUCGUGCGGUGGAGUGCUUUGAAAGAUGCUUAAAGAUUCUUGAAAAGCUACCUCCGUGGAGAGAUCCUGACCGUGUCAAGGUUGAGAAGAGGUUGUUGAAAAUGAAGAAGCUACAGGCGGGUACGCAGUAA